AUGACAGCUCAGACAGACCAGCAACACGGCUUCUCCGGCGCUCCGGGCUUCACCACGGAUCAGGUACUCAGCCGAGCGCACAUGGUUGUGCUCAACACCUCGACUCCUCUGGUCAGCUCCGUUCGAGUUCUCGCCAUUACGUACCCGCUGCUCAUCGCGCAGGCGCGCACUUCAACCGUCGUCAAAAUUCAACAUCGUUCUCAACUCUCAAACUAA